GCGCAGCCGAACGGUCGUCGAAGUGUUGAAAUUCAGUUAUUGGAUAAAAAUCUGCUCACAAUGCCGGUGGUAAAGUUCUACUACUUCCCGAUCAAGGCUCUGGGCGAGGGGCCCCGGCUGCUGCUGGCCUACGGGGGACAGGAGUUCCAGGACAUCCGCGUCGACAAGGAGAGCUGGCCCGAGUUCAAGCCCAAGACCAAGUACGGUCAGAUGCCGAUCCUCGAGAUCGACGGCAAGCAGUACGCCCAGAGCGCCGCCAUCUGCCGCUACCUGGCGUCCCGGUACGGCCUCACCGGCGCUGAUGCGGAGCAGAACUUCGAGAUUGACGAAGCUGUCGACUUCUUCAACGACAUCCGCGCCAAGGCCGCCCAGGUCCACUACGAAGAAGACGAGAAGGUGAAGGAGAAGCGCCACGAGACCUACAGCCAGACCGUGUACCCGGACCUGCUGGGGAAGCUCCACGACAUAGUGCAGAGGAACAACGGCCACCUGGCGGCCAACAAGCUGACCUGGGCUGACUUCUACUUCGCGGGCGUGUACGACUACAUGAAGGUCAUGCUGAGGAGGCCUGAUCUUGACCAGCAGUACCCUGGGUUCGCGAAGGUUUACGAAACCGUCUACAGCCUGCCCAAGGUCAAGGCAUUCGCUGACGCCGCACCCAAAACUGACUUCUGAAAAGCGAAAUUGCUAUUGUAAUCUGAUUGGCUGUUAUAAGAGUGUAUAUGUAUACUCGAAAUGUCGUGUUUGAAAUUGUGUAUUUUAAUACGAUUUUAAAAGUGUUGCAUAUAAUAUCUAAUAUUUAGGUUUUGUAUUGUAUGUUAAAUGUGUAUUUCGUGUAUUUUAAAUGUGAAAAUAAAC